AUUGGGAUUCAAUGUCUCAUUGUCAUGAUACACACACGCAAUAAAUAGGCCGGCCGGCCGGCCAGUCUUUUCAAUAAACUAAAAACACACACAUUAUAUUAUAUAGGCAGUAUAAAUUUCCCCACAGGCACUCGUCACAUGUUAAAACUUGACAAAACAAAAUCUCAGGCCAUAUUCCCGGAGGAAGAAGAGAGCUAGCUAGCUCCCUCAUACAAUACAAUAGUUAACUAAUUACCUUCACCGCUAUUCUCACCGAGAGUAUGCUUCAAGACAGUUUGAAAUCGAUUGUGUACAGAUUGUUGCUCACAUGCGAUGAUCCCAAAGGUGUUGUUGAAUGUAAGAUGAUUAGAAGAUCCAAGGAUGAACCCUGGGGAGAUAAGAGUGUAAAACAAGGGGUACAUAACAAGGAAGAAAUGGCCAUCAGGCGGUAUGAAGAAAAAGAAGAACAACAACAAGAAGAAGAAGAAGAGUUGAAUUCGAGCUGUAGAGGAGCUCAGGAUUUGAACCGGGUAAUUGACUCAUGGCCGGAAGGGGAAAGCUUUGACAGGCAGUCCAAAGACAUUGCAAAAGACUUGCUGAAAGGAGCACUUGAAUUGCAAGAUUCUCUCCUUAUGCUCGGGAAGUUGCAAGAAGCAUCAAAAUAUCUGCUGAAGCUGAAGAAAAUGCCAAACGAGAAGGUGCGAAAAGUUGGGAGGGAUUGUUACGAUGAGCUCCGGGAGGUGAUUAGGGAGAGCUUUGCUAGACAGAAUUUGUUGCCAACCUCCACUGUCCAAAGGGUUUCUUUUGAAAGUGGAGAAUUUGAGUUGUUGCCAGAUCUACCCUCCACUAGCUCAAGCCAAUCUGCCCUUAAAAAGAAUAGUUUUUAUGGAAGAAGAACGGCUCUCACUGCUAAUGAUCUUCAACAGUUGCCCUCUAUUGGCGCUUCUUUGCCAGAAGUCAAACAGUAUAAGCCAAAGGGUCCAAACUUGAUUGCCAAACUUAUGGGUCUUGAACAAAUUCCCCCAACUUUAUACAAUGAUGGUUCAGGCAAGGACAUGCUUUUCCAUCAAAGGAGGCCUGUUUUUGAAAUUGAUUUGCCAAAGGCAAAGAAACAUCACAUCGUCACCAAUAAGGUUGAUCCACGAUGCAAAACUCUGGAAGAGAUCAUCGAAACAAUGCAGUUUAAAGGGCUGUUGAAAAGUAGGUUUGUCGAUGGAUCAAAGCAUGGAACUUGCGAGCACAACAACACUGCAGACUCCCCACAAAUUGUGAUUAUGAAGCCCUGUUAUGCCCCUCAAAACCAUCAGGCAGCAAGGAUUCGUACAAAUACAUCUCCCGUUUACAACACUGAGGAGAAGGUGGUUAGGAAAAGCAGAAGGGAAGGAUUUUCACCAGACGCAUGUGAUACUCAGAAGCGAGUCGUAGAUAAGGCAUUCUAUAAAAACCCGAGGGCUGAAAAUGGUGCAAUAAAGAAACCUAUUCAUAAAAAGGGAGCCAAGGAAAAACUGCCUCCUACUACGACUAAGGCUUGUGAUCCCGCAAAGCCUAGGAAACAGAAUAAUAAAGAAGUUAACGAGAAGAAACUUGACAAGAUUCAGAAAGUAGGCCCUACUUAUCUGAGAAAAAAAGAAGGUAUGAAAAAUGUGAAAGUUAAGUAUGCAGAUAAAUCUAACGGCCAAACAAAACUCAGAAAAGCAGAUAGUGAGCAACAUACGUCAGAAAAACAGUUUACAUGGCAAAAGAGUAGCACCUCAAACCAUACCAGGAAGAAUAUGAAAACAGACAAACCACUUGUACCAAACCAGUUUGAGAAUAAGGAGGAGAAUGAUGUGCAAAAUAGCCUUAUAUCCAAGAAAAAUACUUGCAAAUCUGACAAGAAAGCUGAUCCUUCUGAAAAAGUUUAUCUCCCGGAAGCUUUUGGUACUUAUGAUAAUCACCUCAACGAUGAUCAUAUCACUGAUGAAAGUGUUCCAUGUGAACCCAUAAUGCUAACUGGGAUUGAACAUUUGAGAAGCUAUGAAGAUCUCAGUGGCGAAGCCCUUUGUUUCAAUAAUCUGUUUUCCUUAAUAGAAAAAGAUCUGCUUUGCAAGGGAGGGUGGGAUUUGGGUUGGAGUGAAGGGUUUAGUUCAGAUGAAGUAGUUGCUGACAUAGAAAAGCAAAUGUUGUGUGGUAUGAUUGAGGCCGCACUCGCAGAGUUUGCCUUAUAACUCCGUGAAACUUCUUUCAAAAAAAAAAAAACUCCUGUGAAACUGACACCCAAAGUGGUGAUUCCGUUACAACACAUUCUCAUUCAUGCAAUUACCGAAGUAUAUAUAAGGCUGCACUAGGCAGAGAAACAAGAAUGAGAGCACG